UGAAAGCUUAGUAGGCCUUUGUUGAGGUCAAGAUGAUGGUGGUUGCUUACAGGUUUAGUUGAGUUAACUAAGCUAACUGUGCUUCGGCAUUCUCUCAUGAGCUACUCAGAUUCAAUGCGAUUGUAGGUUAUUAUACGCACUUCCUAUUUGAAACCAUCGGGAACACUUGCAGCAGUGUUGCUGUUGCCAGGUUUCGGGAGAGAAAUGCAACCAGCUCUAUGGAAGGAUACGAAGCCCAAAAAAAGCGGCUUCUAAGAAAAUGAUGCAACAGACUAUGUUGUGACUGAAAAUGCAGAACACCACGUGCACCGAGGACCGGAUCCAGCAUGCCUUGGAGCGAUGUCUGGACGGACUCGGCCACAUCAACGGCCUGCCUCAACCAUGGAACGUUGGAUGGUGUAUGAAUCGAUGGAGUUUGGGAGAGCUAGUCAAAAGGGACCCAGACAACUUCCUCAUCCUCUUGCAGCAGAUCCUGAGGAAGGCCAAAGAGGUCCAGGAGCACUGUCAGUAUGAGCUUGUAGCGCCGCUUGCACUCAUGUUCACCUCCUAUCUCCAGCAGAUGCCCUUCUGCCCUGCUGACGGGGAGCUCCUGCUGAAAGCGUACGAGGUGUUCCAUGGCUUCCUGACCUGGCCAGAGCCCUACUGUGGAGUGUGCUCUAGCUUGUUGUCCACUCUCCAACAGGAACUCCGAGCCCCAGGGAUUUCAUACCACAGGUUGGUGAGGGAGGAACAAGGCCUGACCACCUCCAAGCAUUACGCAAAGACCAUUACGGUGCUGUUGAUGAACCCGUCUGAGGUUCCUGUGGAGUUCCUGUCGGUGGCGGAGCAGCUAAGCGGCGUCCAGCUCUCCCGCAGGGAUGUGUACAGCUCCCUCAUCAAACACGCUUUCCAGUCCAGCCUGGGCACCAAGUACCCACUGCCCAGCAUCCAAGAGAGCCUACAGUCUGUCAGCACGGAGGACCUGGAGAGAGCCUUCUCCACGGUAACCAAGCUCAUGGAGUCGGCCGUGUGCAUGUCGGACCCUCUGAAAGCCCGAACCUGUUUGGUUCAGGGCCUGGAGGAGCUCCGGGAGAAACUUGGCGUCCCACCCUCCAACGGCAGGAAAUCAGGGGGCACAUUACAGACGAUCCCUGUCCCUUCAGCCAAAUGCUACGUGUUCCACUGGGAUAAGGACAAUUUUGAUGUUCUCAACAACAUCCCAGAGACUGACAGCAUACUGUCUGCUCUUCACUCCUCCGGCCGGGCCGAGGAUGAGGACGGGGACGUGGACGAGGACGUGGAGGAGGAAGACGAGGACCUGGAGGACAUGGACGCGUUCAUGGGCAACGGCUGCACGCUGGUGGACUACCGUGCCUCCACCAUCUCCACCGUGUCCUCGCUGUCCACCGCCUCCAAGGACUCCAUGUUCUCCACGCUGUCCGUGGCCUCGUCCGAGGGCUCGCCCUCCUCCCUCUACGCGGGCCAGUCGGCCGCCGGCCUCUCGGCCUCGGGCACGGACAGUGACUUCUGCGAGGAGGCGGAGGAGGACAGCCCCUCGGAGCGGAGCCCCGCCUCCACGCUGAGGCCCGGCGGCUCCAACCACGCCUCGGGCCACGGCCACGCCGCCAAGUCGGCCAAGACGCCGCCGCGCCUGACCCAGCGUCUGUCCAGCCUGUUCAAGUCACGCAGCAGCCACCCGCUGUGCCGGGCCAAGAGCCUGUGCAGCCCUGACGGCCGCGACCUGACCGCCAGCGUGCGCUCCAAGCGCUCCAUGUCGCUACCGCAGCAGGUGCGCACCUCCGACCUGGCCAGGCUGUCGUCGGCCCAGUCGUCUGGCCCCGAGGGCGCCGGCAUGGCCGCCGCCACCGCGCCACACCUGCGCCACGUCUGCUUCCGGCGCCGGCCCAUCCUCAGCAGCGACGAGGAGGAGGAGGGGGGCACCACGCAGGCCACCCAGCUGCGGGUGGUGGUGUUCGGCGCUGACCACGUGGCGGGCAGGGUGGCGCGCGCCUACAGCAGCCUGCGGCGGCGCGAGAGCCGCUGCCCGCGCCUGCUGCGCUCCUUCAAGAUGCGCUUCUUCUUCGUGCCCGUCAGGAGGGACGCGGCCACAGCGGCGCCCACACACACCAUGACACUCUCCAGGACGCCCAGCCCGGCCGCCCAGCAGCUCUCCGUCAGCCCGCUGAGAACGGCCGUCUCUAAUAUGGACCUGAGUCUGUGUGCCCCAGAAGACAGCACUAAUGAUAUCGCUCAGCUGCUGGGGAUGCUGGACCCCUGGUACGAGCGCAACACACUCAGCCUGCUCGACCUGCCCGUCAGUGUGGUGUGCCAGCAAACGUCGAAGAUAGACUCGGACUCGUACGAUGAUUCCCUGGAAGUGCGUCUGCCGAUCCUAGCAGACCUGGUGCUGUACUACUGCCGGCAGGCCGCUCGGCCCACCCUCAUCCAGCUCUACCAGGCAGAGCUCACAUUAGCUGGUGGCGAGAAGAGGAACGAGGUGUUCAUUCACUCCCUGGAACUAGGCCACACAGCUGGGACACGCGCCAUCAAGGCCAUGGGUGCUGCGAGCAAGAGGUUUGGGAUCGAUGGGGACCGUGAAGCCGUGCCUCUGACGCUGGAGGUGGCAUAUAACAGGGUUGUUAUUAGUGGCAGAAGUAGUUCUACGAGGGCAGAGAAGGUCUGCACGUCUAUCAACCUAACAAAGGCCUGCAAGAGCCUGGAGGAGCUCGACUCAAAGAUGGAGUGUCUGCAGCUGACAAUGACUGAAGUGCUUAAGAGGCAGAACUCCAAAUCGAAGAAGGGCUACAAUCAGCAACUCACCACUACUAAAGUGAAAGUGGACAAGGUGCAGGUCAUUGGCGCCAGCAACACCACAUUUGCUGUGUGCCUGGACCAGGAUGAGAAGAAGAUUCUACAAAGUGUCACCAGGUGUGAAGUGUCUGUGUGCUAUAAGCCGGACAGCUCGGCGGACUGGUCGCGUGGCCGGAUGCUGUCCUCUCAGAUCCAGCCCCUCCACCCCACCUUCUGCUCCCUGCUCUGCCUGCCCGUGUCCACCUUCAGUGGGCCUCAGCCCUGACGA